AUGCCUGUUAUCCAACCCUUGGCUCGUGCAGCCUACAACAGCCCUAUCCACCACUUGCUAGCUCGCAAUGGCGAUUCAGAUGACGACGACAAUGAUGGCGGCAUCCGCAUCAUUCCCGGCGGGAUAGUGGCAAUAAUCGUCGUCUGCGUUCUUGCCCUUGUCUCUGUAGUUGCAUGCUGCUGUUGCUGCCGCAGGCGAAAGCGCAGGGGUACCGAAGGCGGCAGCAAGGAUGGCAGCUCCAGCGACGGAAACAAGACGCAGCUCGAUCCGACGAAGUACAUCAAGAAAGUUGUCAAAAAGUGCAUGAAGAAGAUCAAGAAGAUGGUCUCGAAGAAAAACAAGAAGGCGAAGGGUGGAGCGGCACCUCGACAAGAAGGAACUCCAUACGGCCAAGGGACUCAUCCUGGCUAUGGGCAAAAUGAGCGCUCAAUGGGAUACAGUGGGGGAUACGACAGACUAGAUGGUGAGAAUGAGGAACGGGUUGCGUUGUCCUCAGCACCCUAUGGAGCACGGGGCGAUCAUUAG